AUGUCACGACUCGGUUUUCUAGCCAUUCUCCUUGGUGCAUUUUUUGUUGUUACAAAUAGAGCAAAUAAAACAUUUUAUGAUUACUAUUCAUAUCUUUGGGGAACUGAUCACUUUAUUAUUAAUCCCGAAGGAACAGAAGUCCAACUAAAGUGUGAUAAGUCCUCGGGUGCUGGAUUCCGAUCCAAAUCUCAGUACGCAUUCGGAGUUUUCCGUAUAAAAAUGAAGAUACCAAAUAAGAAAACUGGAGGGAUUGUAACAAGUUUCUACUUAACUUCACAAGGAGAUAAUGAGGACCCAAAUGCAAAUCAUUUUGAACUCGACUUCGAGUUUUUUGGGACAACCAAUGCAACAAUACAGACCAAUGUUUUUAUGAACGAUAGUGGGCAUAGAGAACAAGCUUUCAAACUUUGGUUUAAUCCAGCAUGGGAUUUUCACACUUACGAAAUUCGUUGGAACCCGUACUUGAUACUAUUCUCCAUUGAUAACAUUCCUAUAAGAGUGUACUAUUACACAGUACUUCAACCCUACCCGAUUGUUCCGAUGUACGUACAAGCAAGUAUAUGGGAUCCACCGCCCGAAUGGACUUGGCCCGGACCGGUCAACUGGGAAAACGCUCCCUUCAUCGCGCACUAUUCCGAUUUCGGGUUCGACGCUUGCCCUACGCCCACUGCAAAUAUUAAGGAAUGCUACAGCGAUAGAUACUAUUGGAACAACCUUAGUUACAUACAACUCAGUGACCAUGAGAAAGAAGUGAUGAAGACGUACCAGCAAAAGUAUAUGACUUACGACUAUUGUGACAACCCUUCUACUAGGAAACUUGAAUGCGUUUACGAAAACAAAUAG